AUGACGACGGACGAAGAGCAACCCCGGCGAGCUGCCGCCGCCGCCGAGCAAACCUCGGAGACGACGCCUCUGCUCAAUGGCAGCAGCGGCAGCAACGGUACCAUCGACGGGGCCCCCGCCGCCAACGACGAAGAGACGACCAUCGUGGCCGAGACCGUCUCCGGCACCCGCCUGGCUCUCAUCUUGGGCACCUCGUACUUUGGCGUCUUCCUUGGCGCCAUCGACAGCACCAUCAUCGCCACGCUCUCGGGCCCCAUCUCGAGCGAGUUCAAGUCGUUGAGCCUCCUCAGCUGGCUCGCCACGGCCUACCUCAUCUCCAAUGCCGCGUGCCAGCCCAUCUCCGGCCGGCUGACCGACAUCUUCGGCCGCGGGCCGGGCCUCAUCUUCAGCAACAUCUUCUUCGCCGCCGGCAACCUCAUCUGCGGCCUCGCCAAGACGCAGUCCGUCAUGAUCUUCGGCCGCGUCGUGGCGGGCAUCGGCGGCGGCGGACUCAUGUCCAUCUCCACUUUCCUCGCCUCCGACCUCAUCCCCCUGCGGCAGAGAGGCAUCUACCAGGGCAUUGGAAACAUCGCCUACGGUUCGGGCGCCAUGCUCGGAGGCGUCUUCGGCGGCCUCAUCAACGACAACACCGCCAUGGGCUGGAGGCUCGCUUUCCUCGUGCAAGUGCCGCCCGUCCUGAUCUCGGCCGUCCUCGUCGCCGUGCUCGUCAAGGUGCCCCCCAAAGCCUCGGACAAGUCCUACCUGGCGCGCAUCGACUUCUUUGGCGUCUUCCUAACCAUCUCCUUCCUCGUGCUCCUGCUGCUCGGUCUCAACGCCGGAGGAAACCUGGUGCCGUGGGUGCACCCCCUCCCGCUCACGACCAUCCCCCUCUCCGUGGCGGCCUUUGUCGGCUUCAUCGUGUGGGAGAGCAGGGUCAAGCAGCCCAUCAUCCCCGUUCGCUUGCUCUACAACCGCACCAUCCUCGCCGCGUGCCUGACCAACCUCUUGUGCACCAUGGUCAUGAUGAUGGCCAUGUUCUACGUGCCGCUGUACCUCCAGGUCAGCGGGCUCUCGGCGACCCAGGCCGGCCUCCGCAUCCUGACGUCCCCCGUGGGAGUGUCCAUCAUGUCCAUCGGUGCCGGCUACAUCAUGAAGCGGACAGGGAAGUACGUCAUCCCGGGCAUCUGCGCCCUCGUCAUCUUCAACACCGGCAUCAUCAUUCUCACGCAGUACAACGAGAGCACGCCCGCUUGGGUCAACUACAUUGUCUUCUUCCUCGUGGGCGGAGGCUACGGAGCCAUGUUAACCAUCACGCUGCUCGGCUGCAUCGCCGCCGUCGACCACUCUCAGCAGGCAGUCAUAACAUCGGCAACAUACUUGGCCCGGAGUCUCGGAGGGACCAUCGGCAUCACCAUCGGCUCCGCCGUCUACCAGAACGUGUUGCGGAACAGACUCUGGGACCGCUUCGGAGACUAUCCCAACGCAGCCGAAAUCAUCCGCCGCAUCAGAGACGACCUCGACGAGCUGAAGCAUCUGCCCGUCGGGUGGAAGCCCGGCGUCGUAGCCUCCUUCAUGGAGGCCUUCGGCAGCGUAUGGUACACCAUGCUCGGCCUUUCGGUUCUCGCCCUCGUGUUCAUCUCAUUGAUGAGGCAGCAUGUUCUUCACUCAACGCUGGAGAGACGAUGA